CCAGUCUGUUCCGUUUAUGAGUUUGAUGAUCAGUUCUCCAUUUUUUUCUUUUCUUUUCUAUCCUCCCCCCCAAUUUUUGGCUAACGGUCUUGAUGAGUGAUGCUGAAGACGAUGCCCGUUCUGCGGACAUUCGGCAAUCACGUAGCCUAGCGGGAGCGCGACCUGCCCGUAUCCCCGGUGUCCCCGGCCACGACGGCAUCUGGCGGUGUCCCAGGCAGUCGCGCUAGUGGUAGUGGUAUUGGUGACGGUGACGCCCAUCAAGACAUUUACUACUAUCAUCCGCGGCACGACUGCCAAAGCCACAGCCUCGAACACAACUACGAUAGCGAACACAAAAAAGCACACAAACAACAACAGCAACAACAACAACAGCAACACAAUCACUAUGCCACCUAUCACUAUUCGGGCAAAUCUGGCCACCAUCAUCCACCUUCCCAUCAUCACCAGUACAUGUACAACAGUAACAGCAACAACAACAACAACAACAACAGCAACACUAACCACUACAACCAAGCGAAUGGCAAUGGCGGUGGCAACAGUCAUUCUAAAGGUCGCUCGAAAAGCUCUUCCCAUGCCAAGCGCAACGACUACGAGCGUCCUGCCGGUGCCCCAUCCGCGAACGGCACUAAUCCCAUUGCUAACACCUCCUCCUCCACCAAUCCCACCACCAACACCGCUACCGGAAGUCCGGCCGGCACCGUGGACCAUGGGGGAAAGUCGGCCAAAAGUCGCAAGCUGAGCUGCGAGCUGUUCGAAUCGCCCAACUACGGUGACCCGAAACACACCAAACACACCAAAAGCAAAUCACAAUCACAAAUGUUGCUUCUGCCCACCCCCACCACCAACACCGCCACCCUGCCCGCCCACAUGCUCUCCUUGGCGCAGGCCACCGGUCGCCCCAUUCACCAUCGCUCCUCCACCGGCUCCUGUGAAAGCUCCCUAAGCUCGCCCUCCCCACCUCCCCCUCUACCACCCCUGCCGCUUGGUGGUCAUUUGCCGAUCGGUGGACCGGUGGCAAACGGUGCUGCCAACAAGCAGCAGCAAAGUGUGCAAAAUGGCAAACAAACAUCGCCAGCACCGUCGCCCACGAUCGCCAGACGCUAUCAGGCGAAUAAUAAUGCAAAUAAAUCACACUACCAACACAACCACCAUCAAGCGUCACCACUAACGCCACCAGCAACACAGCAGCAACACUACACUAAAAAACACACUCAGAAACAUCAGCAACAGUCGCCGGUAAAUAAUAGUGCCAAUGGGCACGGUAGCAGCAGGGCCAGUUAG